CCAAUGCAAACAUCAUCUCUUUGGACCAAGUGACAAACAAAACUUGGACUCGGUCACAGGCAGCAUAUCUGGCAAAGAAGAUGGCUGACCUAAAACAGCUUCAAUUUAGGAAGAUGCGUUCAGCCCUUCAGGGAGUAACCUGUAAGAUGAUUAACGAAGUUCCUGACAGCGGGACCAUGGAAAUGGCUCAGGCCAUGACAGAGUAUCCAGAGUGGCUCUCUAGAUUUCAGUCAGGAUGUGCUGCCCGAAAGCUUUUUGCAACUUUGGUGAAAAAGAGAGCAGACUUUUUCAAAACCAUCACUGAACAGGAGCUGGAUAUGAUUCCUUCAUCUUUGCUUCUUCACCUGCUCCCUUCAUAUGUGGAGGAUUUGCCUAGUUCUGUGUGUCCCAUUUUCCUUGACAAGAUGGAAGAAGCCAACAUGAGCUCUUUGCCUCUUCGUGCCCCAUCUCGUCCUGCACUCACCAAGAAAGCUCUGCUCUGUCUGGCCAAUGGCACAGAUUUAUCCAAACUCACCAUUAAGGAUGUGUCCAUGCUUGGACCCCUUGUGUGUGAGCUGCAGUCUUCCCAACUGGGUCUCAUGAACCCUGAUGUACUCAACUCCACUUUCCAGAAGAUGGCUUUCUGCCAACACAUUCCUCAGCAUCACAGAGCAGAUAUAAUUAAUCUGGUCUAUCAGACGUUUGGGAAUUCUUCUCAGUGGACUGAGAACAUUAUGGAAUCAGUUGGUCCCCUUCUUCUUUGUGAUAAGAAUGCCACAUCUGCUCUACCCAACAAACCUUGGAUGAAGGAUGUUCUUUAUUUCCUGAAGUCACACCUCUCAGAUCCUUCAGAUGCCCUGAGAAAGAAAAUCUUUGAUCUUACCACCGCCGCCACAUCAAAUACAAUGCGUAAAAAGAGAGAGACCCUGAGAGAACCCACUAAGGAGUUGGUUGAAGAACUGGGAAUGGAUAAUGUGUACUGGUCAGCAGCAGCGCUGAAUAUGAUGUCAAACAGCACUUUCCUGGCUACUGUAGAAAUACUUGGAGAAAUCCCUGACUACAGUGCAGACCAACUGGCUGUGCUCGGUAGAAAAGCAGCUGAGGCCUUUGGUCCAGUGUCACAGAUGAGUGAGAGUGUGGUCUCCCAGCUGCAAUGUAUAAAUCAGGGCUUUUCCAACUCCGAUCUGGAGAAUCUCCACUUGCCUUUGGACAAUGUGGAGGGAAUUUCCCGCUGUGGCUGGACUCAAUCACAGAUGGAGUCAUUGUGGAGGGGAGUUGCCAGAUACAACAACCUGACAGCGCAGCAGCUGGGAGCUGCAGAGAUGGUAUCGCUGAACCGGCUGAUCUGUGGCCUGAGCUCCAACGAGAUCGGACAGCUCAGCCUGGACGCCUUCAAGAGCGCUGUGGCUUCGAUGGAUGGUAUCGAGUGCUCCUUCAAGGUUUUACAGCAGUUAAAAACUCUAGCUGUGACUGCGUUUGGGAAACCCAGAAACUGGACAGAAGCACUGGUAUUAGAUUUAGGCAACAUCGUAGCUGGGUUGGAUGCAUCUGAGUUGGCUUCUUUGGACCCAUCUGUCUUUGCAUUUGUCAGCAAGACCUGUAUCCCACUCAUCCCUCCAAAUAAUUUUGCUGCACUCUCUGUUGCUCAGCUGGAGGCUCUUGGGCCUGACAACGCAGCCAUGGUUACCAGCAAACAGCGAAAUCUGCUGAAUGACGAUCAACUUGCAGCACUUGAAACGGCUCUGACUGGUUUCCUUGACAAGCUACAAAGAGCUGUCCAGUCGGGAGCUCCAUCGCUGAGUGUGGAGGGGAUCUCCGCCUUCAUGAAACCCCUUCUCUUUCUUCUCAUGGGGUUCCUCCUGCUGUGAUAAGAGUCAUCACAUCUAACUGCAGAGCCUACAACAGCUUAAGCUAAUUAAAGACAUAGAAUAAUAAUAAACAGCAGUUCAGCAAUUUUUCAUAUUUAUUUAAUGCUGAAGACGUUUGCACAGAGUGAUGUUCUACGACAGUCUAUAUACAUUUGUACUGAGGCUUAGAUGAUCU